UCGUAUCAGUAGGUUGACCAAUCAUGUUGUUAGUACAGCCUGCCAGGAAGUAUCUAGAGCCCUCCUUGUUGUAUGUUGUCAACCCGCUGAUCCUGCAAGCUAACUAGCGCAGACGUAGAACAACUAGCUAGCAUGCGAAGUAAAUCGAUGGGUCCCUAUUGCUAUGAGGAUCUGCAGAGCCCAGCUGUAAGCCUGAACCAUGAACUCUGUGUCUCCCAGUGCAGUUCAGUAUGUGGGGGGAGUAGGAGUGGUGUGUCAGGAUGACACCCUCCAGAGAGAGGAGACCAGGAGGUCUCAGCAGCCCCAGCUGGUGGACCCUGGCGGAGGAAGUAGCUUUGGGAACCGGCAGGGUACUGAUGUCGGUGGGGGUGGAACCAGAGAGGCCACCACCGCUGGAGAGCCAGACGAGGUGGACAAACUCAAGACCAAACUGAUGUCGGCGUGGAAUAAUGUCAAAUACGGCUGGUCGGUCAAGUCGAAGACCACAUUCAACAAGAGCUCUCCGGUGACUGUAAUGGGCCACUCCUAUCUGCUCAAUAGUGAAGACGAGGUGGAGCGGUUCAGACGGGCGUUCGUGUCUCGGCUGUGGCUGACCUACCGUAGGGAGUUCCCCCAGCUGGAGGGCUCCACCUUGACUACAGACUGUGGCUGGGGCUGCAUGCUGCGGAGCGGACAGAUGCUGCUGGCCCAGGGGCUACUGCUACAUCUGCUGCCACGAGACUGGUCGUGGCCAGAUGCCCAGCAGUUUGCCGACGUGGACUUUGAGGCUCUGAGACCCCGCUCCCCGUCCCGCGCUGGGGGUGUACCUAUCCCCUCCUUCGGCUACUCCUCCUCGCGGACCCCCACCACGCCCCAGAAGACCUCCAUGCCAGGGGGCACGGCUCUCAACCAUACCCAGAAGAAGAGGCCAGAGUCGGGCAGGGACAGGCAGGCUGAGCCCCUCCACCGGAGGGUUGUGGCCUGGUUUGGGGAUGAGCCCCCGGCCCCGUUUGGGGUGCACCAGCUGGUAGAGUUGGGGAAGAGCUCAGGGAAGAAGGCGGGGGACUGGUACGGCCCCUCAGUGGUGGCACACAUACUACGAAAAGCAGUUGCCAAGACUUCUGAGGUUCACAACCUGGCUGUAUAUGUAGCGCAGGACUGUACCGUGUACAAAAAGGACGUGGUGCAUCUGUGUGACCAGUCGUUGAACCAGAGUAUAUCAGAUCCUGAGCCCAGUGGUCCAGGCUGGAAGUCUGUCAUCAUACUGGUUCCAGUCCGACUAGGAGGAGACUCUCUCAACCCCUCCUACAUCGAGUGUGUCAGGAACAUUCUCAGGUUAGAAUGCUGUAUCGGAAUCAUCGGCGGCAAACCCAAGCAUUCGCUGUUCUUUAUCGGCUGCCAAGACGAGCAGCUGCUGUAUCUGGACCCUCACUACUGUCAGGCCGUGGUGGAUGUCACUCAAGACAACUUCCCACUGGAGUCGUUCCACUGUAGCUCGCCCAGGAAGAUGCCCUUCAGUCGCAUGGACCCCAGCUGUACUAUAGGCUUCUACGCCAAGAACAAGAAGGACUUUGAGUCUCUGUGUUCUGCCGUCUGUGUGGCCCUAUCGUCGCCCAACGAGAAGUACCCCAUCUUUACCUUCGUGGAGGGCCAGGCCCAGGACUAUGGACUGGUGGGCUACAGCUCCUCCCAUCCUCACUCUGACACCUCCCCCACCCCUGGCCCCACCCACAUGCUGCCCCAAGGCAAGCUCAGCAGGAGCAACAACACAGGCAGCUCUGACGACUUUGUCUUCCUGUGAGUACUGGUUUGUGUUCCUGAGGAACGAAAUGUAAGCAAACGGGGAAAGACUGACUUAGAAUUUUGGGAUGGAUUCCAUUUCCCUGUUUUUAUAGAGCUCAAAGUGGGUAUAUGCUUUCUGCUAUAUCACAAACUCUGGCUUUUGUGUCCGUCAUAUUCGAGGCGAGGCUUCAACUGAAUCUCGCUGUCGGUCUGUCUCUGUCUGGGCAGAAACAGGUCUUAGAAACUAACGCUAGGCAUUACUAAAUUGGACUGUUGCCCCAUCCCAAAUGGACCCCUAAGCCCUAUACACGUAUGGAGAUCUGAGAGGAUCUGACAGGUGUUAGUAAUAUAAACUAGGCUAGGUGUAAGCUUCACCAUAUUGCUUAUACCAGUCAAAUCUGCUCAGAUCUCCAAGGCCGUAGGGAUUUGGGAUGGGGCCUCUGACUUCAUUUUGGGACUAAUAACAACUGGAGACACGGAGCCUGUUUGAUACAUGCUACAUGACAGGGGUCACUAGUAGUGGAAGACAAGGUACUCAGCCCUCUUCUCUCUGACUUGUAUUAUAAUACUGCUGUACACUUUUUACAUUAAUUUCUGUUUUGUAAGAGCUAUUAAGUGUGUGUGUGUGAAAUGAUUUGUGUGUGAACUGAAGCUGUUGGUGUGUUGAGUUGCUGUUAUGUUCACAUUCCUCUACUGUACUCUCUUAUAUUCCCUAUGCCAUCUUAAUUCAGUGUCAUGGCUAUAGUACUACAUUCAUACUACAUGGCUAUAGUACUACAUGGCUAUAUAAAUUUCAGUGCAGCAUUCCAACCCUCUCUUUAGUUGUGCCGUCCUUUGACACACCAUUCAGGCAACAGUAAAUGACCUGGGCUGGGCUCCCUACCUAA